CCUGGUGCCGACCGCCGCGGUCUGGACGCCCGAGGUGGCCGUCGGGCUGGGUCCCAGGCUCCAGCCCAUCGCGGAGACGCGCUUCCUCUUCCGCAUUCCCAGGCGUCCGGAGGAGAGGGUGCCCGCAAAUUCGGGGUCCCCGCGAGUCCGAGUCUCCGCGAGUCCCGGGUCUGAGCAGCCUCGGGGCGUCCGGCUGCUCCAGCCGCACCCUGGUCGCACGGGCCAGAAGGGCGCGGGAAAAAGGGAGGGGUGCCUCCUGCCAGAAGAUGAGGAAGCCCGACGGGAAGAUCGUACUUUUGGGGGACAUGAACGUGGGCAAGACGUCGCUGCUGCAGAGGUACAUGGAGCGGCGCUUCCCGGACACGGUCAGCACGGUGGGCGGCGCCUUCUACCUGAAGCAGUGGCGCUCCUUCAACAUCUCCAUCUGGGACACUGCAGGGCGCGAGCAGUUCCAUGGCCUGGGCUCCUUGUACUGCCGGGGGGCGGCCGCCGUCAUCCUCACCUACGACGUGAACCACGCCCAGAGCCUCCUGGAGCUGGAGGACAGGUUCCUGGGCCUGACGGACACGGCCAGCGCCAACUGCCUCUUCGCCGUCGUGGGAAACAAGGUGGACCUGAGUGAGGAGGGGCCCGGGGAGGGCGGCCAGGAGGGAGGGCAGGGCCCUGGGCCAGCUGGCGGCGGCGACGGCUGUGCAGCCCCCAGGCUGCCGAAGCAGGUGCAGCCAGAGGACGCGGUGGCCUUUUACAAAAAGAUCCUCAAGUACAAGAUGCUGGACGAGAAGGACAUGCCGGCUGCAGAGCAGAUGUGCUUCGAGACGAGCGCCAAGACCGGGCACAACGUGGAUCUGCUGUUUGAAACCCUGUUCGACAUGGUGGUGCCUGUGAUCCUGCAGCAGAGGGCCCAGGGGCCGCCGCAGACCGUGGACAUCGCCAGCUCCAGGCCGCCCGCACGGACCAGAUCUCGGUGCUGCACCUGAAGUGCCCCGGCCCGGCCCCCGGGGUGCGCGGACGGUCAGAGGAGCAGAUCGGGGGUCACUUUGUAGAACUGCACUCGGAGGAGGAGACCGGGUGGAAAUGCCAGCCAGUAGCGAAGGUCCCCGUGACUGGUCCCCCACGUACAUCGCUGCCCUGGGAGGUGGGGAGUGGACGGACCGUUCAGAGGAGCCUCCUGCAGAGCCGGGCUCCCGGAGACCGCCGUCCCCUGGCUGCCCCGUCCUCACACCUGGCCUCUGACAGAAGGUGUUCGGCUGUCUCGGCACCUGUGUGACUUUCAAACGUUUCUGCUCACUGUGAUUUAUCUUUGGUCCUACCAUUCAGUACUUGUACCCUGAUGCGUCGUAAUGAUUCUCGAUAAAUGUUAAUUUAUACAAAAUCAGGAAUCAAUGUUUUUAUAUCGGUUGCAGCAUUGUGAACCACAUGUAUUAUUAAAAAGGAUUU